AUCAAACCAUCAAAAGAAAAGACACAAACUGAAGAAGAAGAAGUUCUCGUAGCAGCUCUUAUGGUGAACUUAAAACAGAAUUUUCAGGAAAAGAAAAAAUUAUUCAAUAAUUAAAAGAAUGCCUUCUAAUCUUGAUGACGUAGAUUUAAUAAAACUGGUUGAAAGCUAUCCUGUACUCUAUGCGAAAUAUCAGGGACGCGGUCAAAAGAUUGCUCUAGUCAAAGAUCACGCUUGGCGUAAAGUGUCCGACGAGCUCAAAAAAUCCGAAAGAGCGUGUAUAACACGUUGGAAAAGUAUAAGGGAUCGAUUUGGCAAGGAACUGAGGAGGGCACAGCAAAAUCCGCAAGAGCCCACCAAUUGGGAUUUGUUUCCUUAUUUGCUUUUUUUAAGGGAUCAUUAUAAACAAGGAUGUGCUAAUAUUGAGUCUCUCGAAUGUAUAAAAUAUGAACCUAAAGCGCGAAAAAGAAAACCUCGUCUAGAAGGGGAAUUCAGUGAAGAUGAUCAGUACAAUGAAUUUACUAAAGAUAAUGCAGAUCCUAAAGAUCUGACAUUGCAACGGAAAUUAAUUGCUUUGGUGAAGGAACAUAAUGUGCUUUAUGACCGGUGCAAAGUAAGAGAUUCCAAGAAUUUAGCCGCAAAAAAUGAAGCUUGGCACGCCAUAUCGAAUGCUUUGAACGUUACAGAAGAGUUCUGUUAUAAUAAAUGGAAAAAGCUGAGAGAUCGAUUCUCACGGGAGUACCGGCAAUACCAAUCACAUCCUCAAAAACAAGUUCAGUGGAUUUAUUUUCAAGAUUUAAUAUUUCUCGAAAGUCAUUACAGGAAAGGUAAACCUCUGCGCUUAGCAAGCACAAAACGCAACACCAUAUCAAUUGUAACACCUGAAGGUGCUUGGAGAUCAGAGCUGAGUAAGACGCCCUAUGAAUAUACUGCAGGUGAAAAUCAACUGAUAAUUGAAGAUUGUAACUCUGACUUACCAGAAUUGCCGGACAAGUCGACUGAGGAAUAUCUGUCCACAAAUUCUAAAGAAGAGACAGUAAAAAAUAACAUUGUUAUACAAAUGAAGUAUUUCAAUGAUAUGCACAACGACGCUGAGGAAAAGCUCUCCAAUCUGAUUACCAACAUGGAAUGCGUAGUAAAACAAUCUCAUGAAUGUCUCAAAAGUUUGCAGCAUCAAAAACAGCGCUACAGGCAAGAAGGAGUGUUAGAGCAAAGUCACACUAAAACAAGUUGGCAAGCGGACGUGAUGCGGAAGAUUGACACACUAUUAAAAGGCCUAUCGCUUGAGCAACGUGAAAAUGCUGAACGUAAAAUACUACAUUUUUUAUGUGAAUGCCAAAUUAAAACUUUAAAUAAUGAAAAUAUCGAAGAUGUUAUUCCGAUCCAAAUAUAA